UCUGUUGCUCCACUUCACUCACCUUUCACCGCUCAACGGUUUCCGAUUCGCGGAAACGACACCACUCGCCGCAGCGAGAAGACGGAAACCAGAAAACAUGCUUUCACUUAUCAAACGCACCAAGCCCGUGCUGAUCACGGCCACAACCAAACACUUCACUGCCAUAAUUUUCACUCCCUCCAUCCUCACCUCCCGGAAACCUCCCUUUUCGUCACUCCCGAGAAAAACCGUGAAUGUCGGGGUUGGUUUUGUUCGCCACCUAAGUGACGGAACCACCACAGAUUACGACCACAUUAGGGCUAACGUGAAUUGCCCUCGAUGCUCCUCUCAAAUGCCGGUACUGUUCUCGAACCGGCCGCUGUCUAUCACCGGCAGAGAAACUGGCAUUUAUCAAGCGGUCAAUUUUUGCCCUAAUUGCAAAACGGCAUUCUAUUUCAGGCCGUUUAAGUUGGAGCCAUUGCAGGGUAGCUUCAUUGAGCUUGGUAGGGUUAAGGGGUUUGACAAUAGUAGUAGUGGUAAUAGUAGUUGUAAGGAUACCAAAAGCAUUGUUGAGAAAGAUUGUGAUAGAAGUGAAAAGGUGGAGGAGGUUUCUGAUGAUAUGAGGUUGGAGAAAGAAUUGCCAACGCCUAAGGAGAUUUGUAAAGGGCUAGAUGAUUUUGUGAUUGGGCAGGAUAAAGCAAAAAAGGUGCUUUCUGUGGCAGUCUACAACCACUACAAAAGGAUCUAUCAUGCUUCCAGGCAGAAAGAAUCUGGUACUAGGUCAGGAGUGCACUUGGGUUUUAAUGAUAUUCAAAAUGAUGACAAUGAGUUUGUCGAGUUAGACAAGAGCAAUGUAUUAUUGAUGGGCCCUACUGGCUCAGGGAAGACUUUACUUGCAAAAUCACUGGCUCGCAUUGUGAAUGUACCGUUUGUAAUUGCUGAUGCGACAACACUAACACAGGCAGGUUAUGUUGGGGAAGAUGUGGAGUCAAUUUUGUACAAGCUGCUUGCGGCAUCUGAAUUCAACGUGGAAGCAGCACAGAAAGGGAUUGUUUACAUUGAUGAAGUCGACAAAAUAACUAAAAAGGCAGAGAGUUCCAAUAUUGGCAGAGAUGUAUCUGGAGAGGGUGUUCAACAGGCAUUACUAAAAAUGCUGGAAGGAACAAUUGUAAAUGUUCCUUUUCCUGAUAAAGGACCUCGGAAGCAUUCUCAUGGCGAUAUAAUUCAGAUAGACACAAAAGACAUCCUUUUCAUAUGUGGUGGAGCAUUUGUUGAUUUGGAGAAAACCAUUUCAGAAAGACGACAAGAUGCUUCUAUAGGCUUUGGAGCACCAGUUCGUGCAAACAUGAGAACUGGUGGAAUGACUGAUUCUGUGGUGACAUCAUCAUUAUUGGAAUCUGUAGAAAGUGGUGACCUAGUUGCAUAUGGCCUGAUUCCUGAAUUUGUUGGACGGUUCCCCAUACUAGUGAGCUUGUCGGCGUUGAAUGAGGACCAGCUGGUUCAGGUCCUAAUGGAGCCAAAAAAUGCUCUUGGUAAACAAUACAAAAAGAUGUUCAAUAUGAAUAAUGUCAAACUAGUUUUCACUAAUGAUGCAUUGAGAUUGAUUGCAAAGAAAGCAAUGGCGAAGAACACUGGUGCCCGAGGUUUGAGAGCUAUCUUAGAAAACAUUCUCACUGAAGCAAUGUAUGAGAUUCCAGACAAGAAGACAGGAAACAGUUUUGUUAGCACAGUUUUGGUUGAUGAAGAGGCUGUUGGAUCAGUUGAUGCGCCAGGAUGUGGAGCAAAAAUUCUUCAUGAGGAUGUUGCAUUGGGGUGUAAUCUUCAUGAAACAAAGUUGAAAGAAUUUAUGGGAAAGGGUGGGGCUGCGCAGGAUGAGUUGUUGGAGGGUGAAGUAGAGUUUCAGUCAAGAGCCCUGUCAUUGUAACUUAUUCCUUAGCAUGUAUAUAUUACCUCAAGAUGACAUUUAUAGCUUGCAAGCGUUUGUUCCUUGUGCUCACCAUCUGAAAACCGAAGCAAGAUUAGAUUAAAAUGAAUGAAGGCAUAUAACUAUGAUGGUAUCGUAGUGCCUCGCACACUAUCUUGUAUUCUAAAAUCAAGUAAAAGAUAUAUAAUUAAAAAUCUACUAUUUUAAAAGGGUGGAAAAUAGUGAAAAGAAGCAGCAUCAUUUUGUGAUCAA